GCCGAGUGAUGUUGCCUCCGCUUGCGGGCUGGAGAUCCUCCAGCAUAGGGUGGUGUUGAUUAAAGCAACACACAUUAUUACUUCAAAGCGCUAGCCUUCUGUAUAAUAAGACCGGCAGAGUCCUCUCGAUGGGUGAAAACUGUGGAAGUAAAUUGCAGGGUUGUCUCUGCAACCAUUCUGAUUGCACUUUGAGAGCUAAUUAUUACCAGGUUUAUUGUAAUAUUGCAAUAAACCUACUUAUGUUUGCAAAGAUAUACUUCUUGUUUCUCUUGAAACAAAUCAUCGGAAUGUACCAGUAGCCUCAUAACUUUGAGUUUCCUUGUCUAGAACUUCAUUGUGAUGUGAUUACUUCUUUUCCUCCGUAAGUAGUUUCCAAUUCAGUAACUUUUAUGCAAAAUUAACAUGUGUCAUAACUGUGCAAGAUAUAUUGUGGAAAGGAUUGAUCCUUAUUUUUGUAGUUUAUGCAUUUUCUAUGAAGAUUCAAUCAUUUGGGUAUUGUAGGUUUGGUCGUGAUUGGAAAAAAAUCGAAGACUUUGUUGGUACAAAAACAACUAUCCAGAUCCGUAGUCAUGCUCAGAAGUACUUUCUAAAGGUUCAGAAAAUUGGGUUAGCAGCACAUGUUCCACCACCUCAUCCGAAGCGCAAAGUAGCUCAUCAACACCCACAAAGCUUACCCUGCACUGAUGUUAUGCUGCUACGACCAUCUAUGGCUUGCCCUUCUACAUCCGGUAGCAUUAUUCCUACAUGCAAUGCCUGGGAUGCCUCGUCUAGUUUAAUAAACUACACACCCAGCGAGACAAGGCCUUUAACAGACUGCUACAAUAUUCUUUCCGAAAUCGAAGGUGCCGGUGGAUUGAUGAGGAAACCAUUAUCGUAUACUCAAAACAUUAGUUGGAUUGGCAGUUCAAGUCGAGCAUGGCUAACCAAUGAUGGACAAGAGCAACUGAAUCCACAUUCAUUGCAUCCUGGAAUACCAGACUUUGCACGAGUGUAUGCUUUUAUCGGUGAUAUGUUUGAUCCGGAGAUUGCGUGCCCGGUGGAAGUUUAUGUUGAAAAGCUGAAGGAGAUGGAUCCUAUCACUGCUAAAACUGUUCUAAUAUUGGUUAGGAAUCUAACUAUCAAUCUAUCAAGCCCGGAGUUUGAGUCUCUUAGAAGGUGGUUGGCGACUUAUGAUCCCAAAACCAAAAGAAUUGGAGUAAUAACUGAUUGUACUGCUGCUCAACCCUAUAGAAGAUUGUUAUCAGCGAAUGAUGCGAACCCAAAAGCAGCAAGUUUCAUCGGAGAGACAUCUGUUCCUUCCAUUGCAGAUAAAAAAUCUACCAUAUGAACACACACCAAUCAGUAUUUGCUUGUUGCAACCUUCUCGCAGGUAGCUUCUUUGCACAUUUUACAGGUAAUGCGUAAAUCAAUAAAGCACGAAACAUUAUUUGCACUCUGUCGGCCGCUUGUGUAUGAUCUGCGAAUUUAAAUCAGGACCGUUUAUUAAGUCUGUAUUGAUUCCGGUGUUUCAGAAACAAAGAAUCACCCGAAAGGUGGCGAUGCGCAGCCAAUAUUUCACUUUAUUGUCAGAGUAUAUGCUUCUCUACAUGCUUUAUUUCUGCUUAAUGAAAUCUUACGCUUUAUUAGAGACAAAUAUGUGAGUUAGUAAUUUCCCAAGUUUGAAUAAUUUAGCUAUUCAUCAUUUGAA